AUGACCGACCAUAAACAGGUCGAUAUCCCCCGCACCGCAUCCGCGGCGACUUCUGACGGUGAAUCCUACGUCCGGUUGCAUGUUUCCCCGUUUGACGCAGACCUGCUCAAAGUCGCGUUAUCAUCUGCCCAGCUUAGCAAGGCUCGCAACAUCUCCUACCACGCACUUGAGACUUUCCCGGAGAAACGAUACGGCUUUGUCGAGCUACCCCCAGAAGACGCCGAAAAAUUGAAGAAGAAGCUCAACGGAUCAGUUUUACGAGGCGCCAAGUUCCGCAUCGAGCAAGCCCGACCACCUCGCUUCCCGAGUCCAGUCGCCGAAGCUGCGAUGGCCAAGGACAAACAGCACCACAGCCUUGCCCAUGAUGCGAUAUCACCAUCACUCAAUAUCAAAGAUAAGACGAGAAAAAAGAAGCGUAAGGCCGAGGAACUUACCGGGGUUGUCCUGGGAGAUGACCGGAAGAUCAAACGAGGAUGGACACAAGUCGACGAACCCAAGGAAAAGAAGAGAUCCAAGAAAGAUAAAGAUUCGAAGAAGAAGGCCCACAAAGGCCAGUCGAAAUCCAAAUACACUGACCAUGAGGAGUGUCUGAUCAAAACCGUCCUGCCCACUAACGCCACACCCCUCACCGACCUUGAGGAUACCUCGUCAAAGAAGAAAAAGAAGGGCAAGUCGCGAGAGGUGGUUGUUCAUGAGUUCGAACGGACCAUCAAAUUCCCGACAUUUAUAAAAACCGCGGACCCUGCACGGGAGGCACAUGCCCCCGUCGAAUUUGUCGAGGGCAAGGGUUGGGUGAAAGAAGAUGGUGAUGUAGUAGAAACAGUGAAGGUCAGGCCACCUCGAAGCGGAAAAGUCCUUCUCCGGGGCAAAAUGAAGGCACGGAUUCAGGACACGGAGUCAACGGACGAGGAGGACAAGGCUAGCUCGAGCUAUGAGGCUUCCAACAAUGACGCGGACGAGGUGGGGAAUGAUGUCUCGACUGCGGGUAGCGGAUCAACAUCCAACGGUUCAAUUUCGGACGUCGACUCGUCGCCUUUCUCGCCAGUCAAAUCCGAUGCUCCACGGCCACAAUCAUCCGCCUCGGCCAAAAGCCUAUCGAUCAAAAUCCCGCCAGCAACCCCCAACGAGUCCAAAGUACAUCCCCUCGAAGCGCUGUACAAACGUACCGGGCAAGCAGCUAGCGAAACGUCCCAAAUAGCACAGACGAGUCAGGGGUUCAAUUUUUUCGGCGGCACCGCCGAUGAGAGUGAGGAAGAAACUGGCGACCGAGGCGGUGGCGAGACUUUGGGUCCUCAGGCGCCCCUCACCCCCUUUACGCGCCAUGAUCUUGAGUUACGCGGCGUCAGGAGUACCGCGCCAACCCCAGACACAGCGCAUCCUAGCCGCAUGUAUUGGCCUUGGGAUGGGGAAAACGGAAUCGGGGCUCAGACAGGUGGGGAGGGUCAGGUGAAUGGGGAGGAGCCUGGAGAGGAUUUGGAUGAGCAUGGUGACUUGGAUGACACAGCCCUUGGAGUUGAUGAGGGCAAAGUGAAACCAGCCAGCGAUUUCCAGAAGUGGUUUUGGGAAAAUCGCGGGGACCUAAAUCGGGCAUGGAAGAAGAGGAGAAAGGUAGCCGGGAAGGAGAAGAGAUACAGAGAGAACAAGGCCCGUAUGGCUCGGGCUAUUUGA